CAUAGUAGUACUUAGCUUGGCCUGCCAAGUGAGCUCAGUAGCCGACUUGUGUUCUCCCGAUAUAAUCAUGACCCUCCUAACCACUUUAGCAGAGUCCAACUAUCCAGCUAGUCUAUUGUCAGCUCGUGUAUUACACGCUUCUCCUUCUCUCCCAGAGCUUUAUUCAUCCUCCCAUAAUACACCCCUCCUUAACAGAUUGAAACGCAGUACCCCGCCUAUGAACACUGCGGCCGCUCUUUCUUCUGUCGAUCUACAGCACCAUAUUUACAACUCACUACUCGAGUCGCGCACAGCAGAUGUCGCUUUGCAUGUUCAUGGCACUUGGGAGGCCAUCUAUAAGCUGCACCGCGUAGUCCUCAUACAAUCGGGAUUCUUCAGCUCGCUUUUCACAGCUGGCUUUCUUGAAUCCUCUCCUAAACUUCGUAGCCAUCUACGGGGACCUGAGGAAAUUGACGUCAUCUUCGAUGACCGCAAUAUCACUCGUGCAGCUUUUGAGAUAUGCAUCGCACGAUUAUAUGGUGGAGGACCACCCCUAUAUGUCCCAUCAUCCCUCAUCCCAAGCUCAUCUCACCCACUCACCCCUGCUUUUUCUGGUUCCCCUCUACCUUGCGAUACACCAAAGGGACAUCAUACCGCCAGCCCUAGACUCUUGCUCUCACUUCUGGCCACAGCAGUUUAUCUCUCCAUACCGUCCAUAGCAUCACAGGCCGUCAACUGCAUCAUGAACACAAUCGGACCGUACACCGUCAUUCCUUACCUCAACUUCGCUAUCGGUAAACCGGUUGAUACUUGUCCUGACAAGGAAGCCGAAGCAGCAGUGGGCCUGGAGCACAUUGCACAGCCAGUCACCCAUGAGAGUCGCGCAUCCAGUACAUCGCGUUCUCCACUGCGCAUAUCAGGUACCAAGCAGGAUCCUGCUGAUGACUUGUCCGAUAAAUUACAGGAUUUAGAUGUGCAGAAAGAGGAUCCUGCAGAAUCCGAGGCGGACUCUGAACCAGAGGAUGCGCCGAUCCGCGAACCUCACUUCCAUUAUGGUUUAUUAUCAGACAAGAUUGGCGAGGCUGCGGCAUGCUGGCUCGCGCGGUGGGGCGCGGACAUGUUUGUCCAUGAAGAGAAAGCAUCUCUUGGUCCAGGACUCCCUGCUACCCCAGUCCCCGUUCCUGUACAUGUUGUGUCGUCACGCAAGAGGGCCGAUACCAUGCCCACCAAGCCUUCACUUCACAGCGAGCCUACUGUACCAGAACCACAUGUGGUCCCCGUGAUCUGGACAAGGGGUGGCUUGAAUUCGAAGUGGGUGCGGCAGAUUCUAGGCUCCGAUUUAUUGUUUGUGAAAGGAGAGAAGGAACGGUACGAAUUGGCUUGCGCUGUCGUCGAACUUCGGAGAAGGCAGGGCAUUGAUGAGGAGGAAGAGAAAGACUGGGAGAUACUGUUCCGUGAAGGCAUCUACUAUUCCAAUAUGCACAUGGACGAUAUCAUAGCAACGUCGCAGCACAUCUCUCCCACCACUGGUCGACCAUAUGUUCCCAUUUCGGUUUUACAGGAAGCCCAUUGGGAUCAGUCAUUAUUGCGAUGUCAAAUCACAGCCAAACCCAACACAACCACUUCUCCCUCAUCCCCGUCCUCGAGCCCUCCACCUUCGCGAGAGAAGGAACUUGGGUUGCCCAUCACGACUGCAGAGAUUCUUGCUCGAUUGCCAGCUCCGAACUCUCCACUACAUCCAGCAGAUGACAAAGGCAAGCCAUAUUAUCCCGUAGCACAUGAUUCAUCCGUACGCAUUGGUGAUAGUGGGGGCAUCGAAGGUACUUCUAUGGACCAACUCUUCGAGCCACCUCCACCAUUGUCCAGUCCGAGCGCGGAGGGCAAGACGCCCGUUCGUGCAACAACUUCGGAGGCUACUUUCUUCGGUCUGAAGUCAGAGCGACAAACCGCAUCUGGCUGUAUAGCAUCUGACGCCACGGGCAAAGCGCGGUGGUCACCCUACCCUCCGUUCAGGUUUGCAGUGGAAUUCUGGGAUAUCGACGCACUGAAGGAGAAGUCACGCUUGCACUCACAAACGAUCUGGUACGCGGGAAGUUUGUUCAAUGUAUACGUGCAAGUUGUUCGGAAGAAGGGCAUUCAGCUCGGAGUGUAUCUUCAUCGACAAUCGCACAUUGAUCCUAUUCCCGCACAUUCGGCGCCAUUGACAUUCAAUCGUGUGGAACAUACACACAACAGAAUACCAUCAUUACCACUUACUGCAUCGCAGUCCUCCCCCUCCAUUCGCCCUCUAUCACGAAGUACGACACCUAAUUCAAACCCAUCGACAUCAUCCGGUCUCGUUACGUCCUAUCCCUCUUUCCCCAGCACCAUUCCAGCUACCUCACCUCCCGUUGCUCCAGUGCAACCAUAUCGCGACCCCCGACCUGCUGUUGCAGCUUACUUCACUAUUUCUUGUGCCAGUUCUACCGGUUCAUCUAUUACGAGAUUUACGAGCGUCCCGGACGUGUUUUCAGUCAGCCAGAGUUGGGGUUGGAAGUCGAGCUCUUUGCGGACCGAGGAUAUUCUAGAGAUCGGCCCGGAUGGGCAACCUGUCAAGCCUACAACUCCAGCCCAGAAAUUGAACAGCCUCCGCGCCACCAUUGUUCUGGGCAUCGUCUAGACUUGGUUCAGGGCCCCGGAUUUAUAAUGGUUAUAUAUGGAUUUUUUGCCAGGGACCAUUGCUAUAUUUGCUAUCACUUCAUGAUGUCACAUUCCAUCUAUGUAUUUAGUGCGUUUGUUCAUCGUCUAGUAUGGAACAUUGCACCUAGUCUUAUUAUGCAUGCUAAUGAUAAUCUGAUUUAUGUACUCCACGCUUAAAAUAUGCUUGUGACCAAUGUGAAUCACUCCGUCCUUGCAGUUGAGAG